UGCCUGGGCAGGCUCCCAGCCUGGGCCUCAUCUACCACCAGCUUCUCCGGGAUCGUAGGCCUUUCUAGCCUCAGCUUCUGUGGGCCCUCUCUGUAGUACCUGCACCCCUUUCCUGAACCUCAGGCCUUCAUUAGGGGCCUGGGCCUCUUUUCUCCUUGACCUUCAGCUGCUCCACACACAGGCCUCCACAGCUCCUGCCCUUCCUCUCAGGCCUCUCCCCUCACUAGCUCUUGGCCUGGUUGGGCCUCCUAGGCCAUUCCCACCCUUUGCUCUGCUGCUCAUCCCACAAAUGGAGAACCCAGGGCUGACUGUGCGUGGGCAGGCUGCACCCUUUUCCUCAGCGCUCCGAGGCCUUGUCAACAACCCUCAGUACAGCGAUGUCUGCUUUGUGGUUGGCCGAGAACGGCAGGAGGUGUUUGCCCACCGGUGCUUGCUGGCCUGCAGAUGCAACUUCUUCCAGAGACUUCUGGGCACAGAGCCGGGCCCGGGGGUACCUAGUCCUGUGGUGCUAAGCACUGUGCCAGCUGAGGCCUUCUUAGCUGUGCUGGAGUUCCUGUAUACCAACAGCGUCAAGCUGCACCGCUACUCUGUGUUGGAGGUGCUGACAGCAGCUGUGGAAUAUGGGCUGGAGGAACUUCGAGAGUUAUGCCUGGAGUUUGUGGUGAAGGUGCUGGAUGUGGAGUUGGUCUGUGAGGCCCUGCAGGUUGCUGUGACCUUUGGCCUGGGGCCGCUGCAGGAGCGGUGCAUAGCCUUCAUAGAGGCUCACAGCCAGGAGGCGCUCCGCACCCGUGGCUUCCUGGAGCUGUCGGCCACUGCGCUGCUGCCCGUGCUACGCAGCGACAAGCUCUGCGUGGAUGAGGCUGAGCUGGUCAAGGCUGCCCGAAGCUGGGCGCGCGUGGGCGCCGCGGUGUUGGAGCGACCAGUGGCCGAGGUGGCGGCUCCAGUGGUUCGAGAGCUGAGACUGGCCUUGCUGGCCCCGGCGGAGCUGAGCGCCCUGGAAGAGCAGAACCGACGGGAGCCGCUCAUCCCGGUGGAGCAGAUUGUGGAGGCGUGGAAGUGCCACGCCCUACGGAGAGGAGAUGCGGUCCGAGGCGCACCGUGCCGUCGGCGAAGGGGAACCCUGCCCCGGGAUCACCACCGUUUUCUGGACCUUCGUUUCAAAUGACCUACUUCCGGAACUUGGGAGGAAUUCGAUCACAACCCAAACUACAGCUCCCGAGGUGCUCUGCGCUCGAGGCGGGCUUCCGCCCCCAGCAAGCCCAGCCAGCCGGAUGUCGGAAGGGUAGUGCUCAGUCUGGAGCAAAGCUUAAAGCCUCCGCCUAGAAGUCGGGGCGGAGCAGUGGGCACAAGGUUAGGGCCGACGCCCCGAGACCGGAAGCGAGGGUGGCCUUUGUUCCAUGAGCUCACCCCGCAUCCUGCUGCCGGUCACUCCUCUGUGCCCCUCUAUUUGGAUACGCGGCUAUCUAUUUACCUCAUCGUCUUUAACAACAAAUCAGCUUCCUGGCUCCAG